GUUGAACUCCGACGCCAUGCCUGGUGAUGUACGGAUGCCCUCUCGGGAAGAGGCUCUGCUAGGCAGAUCUGAGGCAAUCGUAGUGUCAGCAAGCUGAUGCCAUAUAAAAAGAGUGGCUGUUUUCCUGCCCGUUCUUCCGAUGGCAGAAGGGGGGAAGCAACCCCGGCACCGUUUGGAGGCGAAAGUUGCCAGGCUUCCGACAAGGUCCUCCUUGUCUUGUAUUCUCUGGCUCUCUUUAUAUCCCUCCCGCCCCUUUCCCUGACAUCCAGAACCUCUUGUGGAUAGAGGGCAUGAGGCGGGCACCCACAGGGAGUCCAGGGCGGGUACUGGCCUGAAGGAAUUGGGGGACCGCGCACCAGAGGAGCCAGCCAUGCCGUCAACAAAAACCCAAUGUACCCGCCAUUCCCGGAAGGAAUGCAGAUGGCAAUAUUUGGCAUGGGGUGUUUCUGGGGAGCGGAGAGAAUGUUCUGGAAGCUGCCGGGUGUCUUCUCCACCCAGGUGGGCUUCUCAGGAGGGUUUACCCCAAAUCCUACCUACAAGGAAGUCCGCAGUGGGAUGACAGGACAUGCGGAAGUGGUCAGAGUUGUGUUUGACCCACAGAUCAUCGGCUACGAGGACCUUCUCAAGUUUUUCUGGGAGAACCACGAUCCAACCCAAGGCAUGAAGCAAUACGGAGACGUCGGCACCCAGUAUCGUUCAGCCAUCUAUCCCAUUGGAGCUGAGCAGCUGGAAUCUGCCCUGAAAUCCAAGGAGAUGUAUGAGCAGGAGCUGUCUAAGAAGCAGCGGGGACGGAUAACGACCGAGAUCCAGGAGGCCGGCAAGUUCUACUACGCUGAAGAUUACCACCAGCAAUACCUGCACAAAAACCCCCAGGGGUUUUGCGGCCUGAAAGGCACUGGGGUUGCCUGCCCCAUUGGCAAAUGAGAGCCCGCCUCCUCCAAAGGGGAGUGUUCUUGGGAACCAUGGUGAUCGGAACCCUUCAGCAGUUGCCAUGGAAACCGAAGCAGCCUAGCAUCCUCCUUAAUUCAGCUGCAAUUUAGCAAUUGGGGCUGUCCUUUCCUUCCUUUGUGUUUGUGGGAUGCUGCAAGAUUUGGGGAAGCAGGCAGACAACGGCCAGCCUGCCAGGAGACCGCCCUGUGCCUUGGAUAAGAUACAGCUACCCACCUAUAGAGGCCUCACAUAGGAAAGUGGUGCCUUCUUCCUGGUUGCGGCCUCUUCACAUGUCCAGACCUGCCUUGGAGAGGGCCGAUGCACAAAGACGAGACUGCCAUUGCUCUGAGGCUGUGUUCACACUAAGGCAUUAACACAUGCGUGGGCCGCCGUUUCCACAUGCCUGUUGUCCCACCUUGGUUGUCCGCGCACAAAUGCCUUUAAUUUUCUGUGCCUCCGAAUCUGUGCAGAUGUUUCCCAUCCAUAACAGUUGGGCACUGCUCACUGGGUUGUAUUGGGGCUGCGUGUUGUUUUCUAUGCCCUUCCAUUAGCACUGCCAUCACUUCUGGA